AGCCUCUUCUUACGCCCAUGCAUGGUUGAAUAUUAGGAGACGGCUCAAAGGGUUCUUAGCCCUCGACAGAAUUAGACAUAAGUUAGCGCUCCUCCUAAUCCCAACCUCGGAAUUCGAUUGACGCGAUGCGCCCUCCGCUGAGCUCGGCAUAAGUUUCUUAACCAUAUGCCCAUUGCAGCGGAGGGUCUCGCAAUAUUGAGCUAGCAUAAUUCUGGGAGGAAGAGAUUGAGGGAGGAGCAACAUGCUGUUGGCCCAGUGAAGGAGUGAGAGGACCGGAACAAGAAUUGGCGACAUAUUUCAUUCUUGUUACAAUUGAGUUUGAGGUUCUUAAGAGAGUUUGUGGUGUAUUCUCUUGCAGCAAUUUGUAGAUUCAAGAAGUGUGCUAGGGCACAAAUAAAUUAGAAAAGGGUAGCUGAAAGGGACAUGAGCACAAAGAUGAAGAAGGGGAUCCUGAGGCCCUUCCGCUACUUCUCUAACAUAAUGGAUACUAAGGAACAAGAGUUGCAAAUUGGAUUCCCUACGGAUGUGAAACAUGUGGCGCAUAUCGGAUGGGAUGGACCUAGUGCCCCAGCAAAGAAGGAGGAGGCAGGAGCACCUAGCUGGAUGAAAGACUACCACUCGGCGCCAUUGGACUCAGCCUCAUUUAGGAGCGACAGGGGAGGAGGUUCUGCUGCCGCUAACCCAUGGGCUUCUCAAGAAAUAGUCCUAGAUGGCGCAGGCCUGGGGGAUACCUCGUUCAGAGAUACUAAAGGUGAUGCAGGAGGCAUCGAUGGCACCGCAGGCGACUCCCCUCCAUCCCCAGGCUCUCGCCAGUCAAGGCGGAAUCGGUCCCGGGGUUCUGACACCUCUUCCAUGGACGGCACAGCAGGCAGUGCUGAGACCUCGGAGAAGAAGGAAAAGGCCAAGAAGGGCACCCGUAAGAACCGCAAGAAGGACAAGGACAAGGACAAGGCGGCUGAGGACACUGCUGGUUCCACUUGCCAGGACCUCCCUGCGGUGCCCAAGAAGUCCAACCGCCGGAAAAACAAGGCAAGCUCUGAAGGAAGUGGUGGUGCAUCGACCAAGGACGGCGGAGCAGCGCCGGAGGAGGGCACAGCGCCGCUAUCUCAGGUGGCCGAAGAAGACAAGAAUCGCGAAUUGUAAACGGCUGCCGGGCAAGCUGUCCUCGUUUUGGAGAUGAAAGCUUAUGUGCUCAUCACGAGCCAGAGUACUUUGAGCUUAACUGGUUGGAUCAAGUGGCGAUUGACAAACAAUAUAGAGUACUCGAGUGACACAUGCGUGCAGGUGUUGAAGGUUACACGUUGCUUUGGCGCUCACAGAAGUGGGUUUGCACGCCCUAAAGCAACAAUUUUCUCUGUUUUUUGUACUAUUGAUCAUUUUUUCUUAAUCCCUUGUCUUGUUCCAGAUAUACAUAUAUAUAUAAAGUGUACUGCGUCUGAUGUACCUCGCUAAUCGCUAUUAUUAUAUAUAUGCAUGUGCACUGA